AUGGAAGAACUUUAUAGCAAUGAUAUUACAGAAAUUAAGACUGAAAUAACUGUUACAGAGGAUAAAAAAAAUAUUGAUUUUUUUAUAGUAAAGUUAGAAUUACUACAAAUAUAUCUUUUGUGUUAUACUUUAUACAAGGAAAAUUAUAAUGAAGAUAUUUUGGAAAAACUUAUUCGGAUAACAAAUUUACUUAAAAAAUGUAAAAUUAUAGAAGAACACAUUGACAUAUUAAAUACCAUAAAGGAAGAAGAGCCAGAAAGACGAAUUUUAGAAAAUGUUAUGAAAAAAAAAUCUAAAAAAAGUAAAGGAAAUAAUCCUCGUAAAAAAUUUAAAAAUCGAAAUGAACAAAUGGCUGAUAAAUGCAAUAAAAAGUACGAUGGAAAAAUAAAUUAA